AUGAUCAUCAUUCCUCCACUACAUUAUUGCAUUGUCGAAUCGCCAGUGAUACGCAAUGAGGAGGGUGAAGUAGAAUUCGACCAGAAUGGUCAAGCGAAAUUGGCCCAUGCCGAUAUCGAUAUUCGUCUGACACGACCUGAUCAAAUCCCGUUUCCUCUCUAUCCAGGAGAAAUUCUUCGCCAACCUGUCACUGCACUUACAGUCGUUCCAGCUAAUUCAGCACUGCGAUUAAAAGCUGUACUCGAUUUUGAAGAUUCACAUAAGGAACAACGACGAGCUGGUGAUGAGGACAUUGACUGUAUUGGUCCUAAUCAAGCUAUUCGACUUUGCGCCGAAAAAGAACUUAUUGAUCGAUCAGGUCAACAUCGUGUCACUGGCGAAGAGUGGUUAGUCAAAAAGACCGGUGCUUAUUUGCCACUAGCCUAUGAAACGAUUGUAUUAGUUCAAGAUGCCUAUGCUUUAACUGAGAAGAAAGCUCUUCAUCUUCGAGCCCUUAAAACUUUCAUUGACGAUUUUGGUAAAAAACGUUUGAGUGGAGAAGAAUGGCUUGCAACGCAUAUUGAUACGGAAACACACAUCCUCAGUAUAUAUGAAGAACUUGUUGCCGUUGUCGAUGCAAUCACACUCAAUUCACGACAGUAUUGUGUUAUUCUCGAUCCCGUUAUCGAUAGUAAACCACAACUUGGAAGAAAGAAAAUGAUCUUUGGUGAAAUAUCAUUCUUUCUCCAACCGGGCGAAAAACUCUUGACAGGCAUUCAAAAUAUUUUUAUUUUGGAUGAAGACGAAGGUGUUAUUGUCAAAUGUAAUGAAACAUUCGAAGAUGAACAAGCAAAGAAAAUACGUACUCCGGGUGAUCUAUGGAUGAUUCGAGGACCAACUGAAUAUAUUCCACCUACUCAAGUAGAAGUUGUCACUCGACGAAAGGCAAUUCCAUUAGAUGAAAAUGAAGGCAUCUAUAUUCGUAAUAUCAAAAGUGGUCGUGUUCGAGCAGUCAUCGGUGAAACUUACAUGUUAACACAAGAUGAAGAACUUUGGAAUAAAGAAUUAUCCGAACAAAUCGAAUAUUUGCUUACGCGUGAUCCAUUAACCGAACGCUAUUCUCUUAUGCGUGAAUCGGCUUCAGCCAAAAAUGCAUCGACAGCUACUGCCUUUAAUAGUCAAUCAAACAGUUCGAAAUCAAUUACUACCAAACGUGACAAAUGGAAAUUGAUCACAUAUCGUGUUCCACAUAAUGCAGCCGUUCAAAUCUAUGAUUACAAACUAAAGAAAGCUCGCAUUGUCUUCGGUCCAGAACUUGUCAUGCUUGAACCUGAUGAACAUUUUAGUCUGAUUUCUCUAAGUGGUGGCAUACCCAAAUGUCCUAAUCAAGUUAACUCCCUUUGUUUACUACUCGGUCCAAAUUUCUUUACUGAUAUCAUCGUCAUUGAGACGGCCGAUCAUGCUCGUCUUUCCCUUCAACUUGCUUAUAACUGGCACUUUGAAGUGAAAGACAUAAAUGAUAAGAGAGAAGCGGCUAAACUCUUUUCAGUGCCUGAUUUUGUCGGGGAUACAUGCAAAGCUAUUGCUUCACGUAUUCGUGGUGCUGUAGCUGGUACUCAAUUUGAUGAUUUCCAUAGGAACUCCGCUCACAUCAUUCGUGAAUCUGUAUUCGGUCUUGAUGCAAAUCAGUGUGUACGUGAUCAAAUUGUCUUUCCACAAAAUAAUCUUGUCAUUACAUCGAUCGACAUUCAAAGUGUUGAACCUGUCGAUCAACGUACGCGUGAUGCGCUACACAAGAGUGUGCAACUGGCCAUUGAGAUAACGACGAAUUCACAAGAAGCUGCUGCUAAACAUGAAGCUUCACGUCGCGAACAAGAAGCUAGAGGUUUUUUAGAACGACAACGUAUCAAAAAUGAAGCUGAAGCCGAACAGAUUCGACAACUACUACUCGAAUCACAAGCUCUAUCGGCGGCAAUCGAAUUAACUGGUCAAACCAAAGCAGAAGCUAUAAGUCGUGCUGAAUCGAAGCGUAUUGAAGGCGAAACAGCCGUUUACCAAGCGCGUCGUAAAGCUGAAGCAACCAAAAUCGAAGCUGAAGCUGAAUUGGCCCGUUUAAAAUUAGUACGUGAAGCUGAAAUCAAGUUUUUACGCGAACAAAACGAACUAGAAAUUAAGAAAAAAGCCGAGUUGUCUCGAAUUGAAACUGAAAAAUUCAAAUUACAAGUCGAAUCAAUCGGUACUUCGACUAUUCAAAGUAUUGCUACAUCAGGUCCCGAAACUCAAGUCAAACUUUUGCAAGCACUCGGAAUACAAUCGAUGCUCGUCACCGAUGGCAAAAAUCCGAUCAAUCUCAUGGACUUUGGACAAGGUCUACUCGGGAGUUUAACAGCUCGUCAUGUAAUCAACUAA